AUGUGUGUUAGUGAUAGAGAGAAUUCUAUUAUAAAAUUUUGUGCUAAAAAUUCUAACCUAGUAUGCAUAGAUUCAUCCUAAACUAUGUGCGUUUUACUUAAUUCUAAUCCAAAUGAUAAUUUUAUAGGGAGUUAUCUGGAUAAUAACUAGAAUUUGAUUUGCAUUCAAUAAACUGAUAUCUAAUUGAAGUCAAUAAACCCAUCUAGUAUUUAAUUCUUAAUAGCAGGAUAUUGUUACAAAUAAGACAACCUUAUAUAUUAAGGAUAAUAAGUUCAAAGUAGCUUUUUGUGCAAUUGCCCUAAAAACUACUGCUAUGAUGGAAUAGAUUGCAUUAAAAUGGAUCAAAAUUUAUAUGCAGGAAAAAAUACUGAUGGAUAGUGUGUAGCCCUAUCAGUAUCAGAUAAUAUUUUAAGUUGCUUUGAUGACGAACUAAAAAUUUGCUUAUUCUAGAUAUCUUAAAAUAGUUCAAAAUGCAUAUCUUAUGAUUAAAAUGUAGAUGUGAUAGGAGUGUUUUACUACUAAAAUGUAAAUUACUGUUUGCAGCAAUCUUAAAUUAAUUAGAUAACAAUAAUAGAUAGAAUUGUAACUUUGAAAUCAACAUAUUGUUAUAACCACAAUAAAUUCUUAUAAAUUCCUGAUAAUAAUUAAUAAAUAAUUGGAAUUACAUCAUAAUUUAAUUGCUUUCUAUCUAAUUCGCCUAUUAAUUAAUCUGAUCCAAUCAAAUUCUGUAUUCAGGGAUACUGUAUUUCUUAAUAAAAAUGCAUCCUAAUGAAUAACUACAAUGUAAUCUCUAAAAGGCAAGACUCAACAUGUGGUGGAAACUCUGAAAAAAAUUUUUUAGAAUGCUACACGUCUAAUAUUUAUAAAACAACCUGCAUAAACGGAGAUUAAUGUGAAUUAAUACUUUAAAGUAGUAACUUCGUCGGAGCAUUGACAAAUUUUAACUGCGUAAAAACUAAUUAGGAGACUAAUAUUGAUACAGGACCUUAGAUUUUGUACUGCUCUUAAUAUUUUUGUAUAAGUGAAUAUUAAGAUAAAAUUGUUGUUGGGCAUAAUAUAUUGGGAAAUAUCUAUUAAACAGUACAAAAAUAGAAAUGUUAGCAGAUAGGUUCUAUUUGCCAAGAUGAUAACUAAUGCUUGUAAUAUAAUUCUGCAAAAAAAAAAAAAUUGUGUGUAAAAUUAACAACAGAUUUAACAUAACCUAAUUUCGCAAAAGAAUUAAAUACAUAAAAUUGUUUGUCUUAUUAACCUAUCACUGGUAAGGCAUAAAAUAUUGAUAAAUGCCCAAAUGGAUUUUGCAUUUACAUGUAGUCUGAAACUUAAAAGUAUUGUGUAGCUCUUGGCUCUUUUAUAAAUGGAAAUCAAUACAUAGGUGUAGAGCUUUUUUCUUAAAUUUGUUUAUAACAACUGCAACUUUCAUAUUUAGGAAUUUCAUAGUGUUAUGGAGAUAAUUGUAUCCUCAAAUAUUCAAAUUACUAUGUAUGUCAUCCUUUACAAGAUUCGAGCUAAUACUUCUAAGCAAGCCAGAGUGUUAAAGCUAAACUAUCAGAUAGUACUUGUGCAGAUCUAAAUAAAACUGUAUCUGUCAACUGUUUAUCUGGAGAUUAUUGUAUACUUAAAGAUGCAUGUGUUCCUCUUGAUAGUAGUAAUUAAUUUACUAUUGGAAGAAACUUAUAAGACUAAAAAUGCUUACCUUAGAAUACAAGCACUGCUACAAAUUGUGCAUAAAAUUAUUGCUUACUUAAUGGUUAAUGCCUUCCUCUCUCUAUGCUAAAUCCCGGAAGAGAAAAUUAAACAGGUAAAUGCUUGAAAUCAAAUGAUUCAGGUAUGUUCGGAGCAAGCUCUUGCUAUAUUAACUAUUGCCUCUUAAAGGGAAGAAGAUACAUAGGAACUGGUAUUUGUGUGUCUCAAAAUGACUAAAAUAUUCCACAUUUAUCAUAAUUAAUAUAAUUUUGCUUUAAAGGAGUUUAUUGCAUUGCUAGUAAUAGCAAUGGAGACUAUUGUUAGAAAGUUGAAGGUAUUUAUAAGUGCUCAGAUUCAUUAGGAAGAUGUAUUUUGUAAACAGAUACUACUACUCCAUGUAGUAGUUGUUCAUUUAAUGAAUGUUUUUAAAAUGGAAAUUGCAUUGGUUUAGAAAAUAAGUAUUGCUAGGAUAAUAAUGGAAAGUGUAUUGAUGUGAAUAUAUAAGGUUGUUAAGUAUGUCCUUUGAAUUAUUGUCUUUAAAUGCCAUAAUAAAUCUGCUUGUAUUAUAAUUAAUUGGAUACAUCUUCUUAUAGUUAUAACGAAUGCAUAUACUAAUACAGAUAAGAUAUGCCAUGUUUCAAAUAAAAUAUUGAUGAAAUAAAUUAAAAUAAAAUAUUGUUAUGCAAAAAUAAAAACAAUUUCUGUUAAGACAUAGUAAAAGCAAAUCAAGAAAAGUAAUGUUUAGUCUGCCCAAAAUAUUUUUACAAUCCUGGAGAUCAUACUUGUUACCAAUAAGUUAAACAGGCUUAAAAUAGCUAUUUCAAUUAUGAGCUACAAUAUAUCUUGGAAGAUUGUUAUCCUAAUCCUGAUUGCUCAUCAAACAGCUAAAAAUGCCCAGAAGGAUUUUACAAAGGAUAUUUUUUAUAUGAAGAUGCUGCAAAUUAGAAUUAUAUAUGUAUAAAAUGUCUUUCUUAAUAGUACAUAUAAAAUAUUGAUCCCAGCUCUUCACUAUUUAAAUUCAUUAAUCAAAUUACUUACAUGUGUGCUGAAUGCAAUUUGGAAUUAAAUUAAUGGGGAGAUUAGACUUUAACUAAUAAAAUUUGUACUUAGAUGGUGAUUACUAUUGCUGGUUUGUAAAAAUUUGAUCCUUACUUUAGUCAAACAAUUUACUAUUAGAUUCAAAAGGGUCCUACACAAGAAUUACCAUAUUACUAAUAGUUCAAAAAACCACUUUCCAAUUUAUACUUGUAGUAAUUAUAGGUUUCAGAUUAAUGUUCAAAUAAUUGCAUAAGAUGUAUUUAAGAUUAGUCAGGAGCUAAUAAAUGUUUAAAGUGUGACUAUUUAUUUUAUGUUACACCUUAAUAUGUAUGCUAGCCUUGUCCUUCUUAAUGCUUAGAAUGUGGAAUGAGUAUCUUAUAAGAAAACCAGUUUUUUAAUUUCGAAGAUUUAAGUUAUGAAGAAUAUCUUAGUGGUGUUUUUAAUAUGGAUAUUGCUACUUUUUCAUGUAGGUUUUGUUAGGCAGGAUUUUUAAUUAAUUUCGACUUUUAAACUUGUGUAUAAUGUGGAAUUUAAUGCUAAGAAUGUGUUUACAUGACAAUUGAUGGUUAGCUAGUUAAUAAGAAAUAUUAUAAUUUUCAUAUUUAUGCUUCAUAAAAUUUGAUUCCUUAUUGUUUAAAAUGUUCUCCUGGAUUCUAGCGUAGUGCUAAUAGGUUUGAUUGUUCAUAAAUUGUGGCAAAUACUCAACCUAGUUGCUAUGACUAUGAUUUUAUUUCUUCUAUAAAUUUGCCAACAAAUGUCACUUUUGCAGGUAGCAAUUAUGAAUAUAACUUGUGUUAAUAUGGUUAUCCCUUAAUUAUAGCAACUAAUGGUUAAUUAUCUUGUGAUGAAAAUCAAUAUUGCAAAGAUCUGAUGCUGAAUUGUUUAAAUUGCUAUGAAUUUUAGAAUUACUAAGAUGGUUCAUUGUAUUAAUGUAUUUAAUGUAAAGAAGGAUAUAUUCCAAGUAUAAGUGGAUGUAUUCCAUGUCCAAAUGGGUGUCUUAAUUGCUACGAAGUAGGAAUGUAUUAGCAAAAAGGAAGAAUUUUGAGUAAUACUCAAUCAUCUUGUGUUUUUCCAGUCUGUGGAAAAUAUUGCUAAACAUGUAUAUUUUAUUAAGAUCAACCAUUUUGUGUAUAAUGCAAUUCUAAUCUUUUGUUCUCUGAAAUAGCUUCUAUUUAAAUGUACAUAGCUCAAAUGUACUUUAAUACUGUAUAUUUUGAUCAAAUUAAUUUGAUGAUAAGCUUCGAUCAAAAGCAAUAAAACUGUAAAUUAUGCCCUAUGCUAUGUGAAACUUGCGAAGAUAAGAGCAAAUAUUUUAUUAAUGGAGCCUUUGAUUUAUAUGAUUCAAAGUGUUACUCAUGUAAAUAAAAGAUAAUAAGCUAGUAUUAGGAACUUGAAAGGUACGAAAUAAGAUACGAUAAGAAAAAAAUGAAAUGUUAGCUUUGCUUAAAAGGUGAUAAUGGGUGUUACUUUACAAAGAAAUCUCAUGUUUAUGUAUUUUGUGGCACAUAUGAAUAGAAUUUAGGAUCAGGAACAAAAUCAGACCCUUAUAACUUAUUUAAAAUUUCUUAAGUAAACAUAGACAGAUUAAUACUUAAUGAAGAAGAUUUAAAUAGAGCUUAUGUGUUUUAUAAUGAGCUGUAAUUGAGAGAGUUAGAACUUAUUAUUUAAUAUGUUGACUAAAGUGGUGUCUGCAUUGAAAAUCUUGCCCUCAAUCUUUAAAGUAACUUGAAGAAUACAAUCAAUUCUUUGAAGUUUAUGACACUGACGAUUAAGGCUGAUUAAAAUUAAGAUAAUAAUACUUAUUUUACAGUUUAGCAAAUAGCUAUAGCAUAAAUACAAGGAUUUAGCUAAAUUUAAAUAUAAAACAUAAAUUUUGUCUCAAAAUAUUCAAAUGGAAAUUUUGGCUUCUUUUCUCAAAAUACAGAAAUCAAUUCAAUUUAAUUACAAAAUGUAACAUUUAGCUCUAAAAGCUUAUCUCCUAACUUACUACAGUUAAUAAAUAUCAACUCCAUAAACUUAUGA